AGGAGUCCGGCCUCGUCCUUCCUGAGCCGUGUUUCUGGUCUCGCUGAGACGCGGGUUAAUCCGGAGUCACUGCGAGGCAGAGCAGGGAGUGACUCCAGAUUCCCAUGGGGGCGAUAAGAUCAGGAUGUGACCCUGUGGGGAGGGGUUUCAGUUGUUGCCAAAGGGGGGAAGUUACUCAGUUUCUCUCCGUCUCUUUCUCUGCCUCAGGAUAUUGGGGUUGAGCUUCCUGGGAGCCCAGGCUGAGCAGCUGCUGCUCCCCCAGCGGGAUCGGGGCUGGGGAGUGACCUCUGUGCCCAGCCAAGAGUAACAAGCUUGUGGAUAGAGGGGAAGCAGUAGACGUGGUGUAUCUUGACUUUAGUAAGGCUUUUGAUCCUGUCAUGCAUGACCUUCUCCUAAACAAACUAGAGAAAUACAGCCGAGAUGGAACUACCAUUAGACUGCAGCAUUACAUCCCAUACUUCCAGGGACCAGGGAAGGGAAAUGGCUGCCGUGGAGCCAGCUCAGAGGCCGGUGACUUUCGAGGAGGUGGCUGUGUAUUUCACCAAGGAAGAGUGGGCUCUGCUGGACCCCGCUCAGAGAGCCUUCUACGGAGACGUCAUGCAGGAGAACUAUGAGAAUGUGACCUCGCUGGGGUUCCCAGUUUCCAAACCCGAGGUCAUCUCUCAGCUGGAACGAGGGGAAGAGUCGUGGGCCCGAGAUCUCCAGGGCUCAGAGGAAAGAGAGAUUCUGAGAGGCAGCAGCAUGGGUGAGGGGAUGGUGAGAGAGACCAUGGAGCAGAAUCCUCAGCAGGAAGAUGAUGAAGUGGAACCACAGGGGGCAUUAUUGCAAAGAUGCACAGGGAGUGUGUCCAGGAGUUGUGAGCAGGGAAAAGGCUCUCAGGGGCAGCACGGGACAGAGAUGCGGCAGAGAAACCAACCAGCGCAGAAAGUUGGAAUAUCUGUUAAUUAUCAGGAAACUCACAGAGGGCUCAAGGAAACCACGGCCCAGCAGAGAAUCCUGACGGGAGAGAGAAAUAACACAGGCUUUGAGUGCAGGAAAAAGUUCAGGAGGCGCUCACACCAUCAGAGAAUCCACACUGGAGUGAGACCCUAUGGAUGCUGUGAGUGCGGGAAAACAUUCAGUCGGAGCUCAGAGCUUAUUAUGCAUCAGAGGAUCCACACAGGAGAGAAACCCUAUGAAUGCUGUGACUGCGGGAAAACCUUUGCUCGGAGCUCAAGCCUUAUUCUACACCAUAGAAUCCACACAGGAGAGAGAUCCUAUAAAUGCUGUGAGUGCGGGAAAACCUUCGCUCGGCGCUCACACCUCAUUGGCCAUCAGAGGAUCCACACAGGAGAGAAACCUUAUGAAUGCAGUGAGUGUGGGAAAACCUUCACUGAGCGCUCACACCUUACUCGCCAUCACAGGAGUCACACAGGGGAGAAACCCUAUAAAUGCUGUGAGUGCGGGAAAACCUUCACUGAGCGAUCAACCCUUAUUCUCCAUCAGAGAAUCCACACAGGGGAGAAACCCUAUAAAUGCUGUGAGUGCGAGAAAACCUUCACUUGGAGCUCACAGCUUAUUACACAUCAGAGGAUCCACACAGGAGAGAAACCCUAUGAAUGCAGUGAGUGUGGGAAAACCUUCACUGAGCGCUCACACCUUAUUCGCCAUCAGAGGAUCCACACAGGGGAGAAACCUUAUGAAUGUUGUGAGUGCGGGAAAACCUUCACUCGGAGCUCACAGCUUAUUACACAUCAGAGGAGUCACACAGGAGAGAAGCCCUAUAAAUGCAGUGAGUGCGGGAAAACUUUCACUGAGCGAUCAACCCUUAUUCACCAUCAGAGAAUCCACACAGGAGAGAAACCCUAUGAAUGCAGUGAGUGCGGAAAAACCUUCACUGAGCGAUCAACCCUUAUUCACCAUCAGCAGAUACACACAGGAGAGAAACCCUAUAAGUGCCGUGAGUGUGGGAAAACAUUCGCUCGAAAAUCAGGCCUUAAUACACAUCAGAGGAUCCACACAGGAGAGAAACCUUAUGAAUGCAGUGAGUGCGGGAAAACCUUCACUCGCAGAUCAGGCCUUAAUACACAUCAGAGGAUCCACACAGGGGAGAAACCUUAUGAAUGCAGUGAGUGUGGGAAAACCUUCACUCAGCGCUCAACCCUUAUUAGCCAUCAGAGGAGUCACACAGGAGAGAAACCCUAUGAAUGCUGUGAGUGCAGGAAAGCCUUCACUGAGCGCUCAGCCCUUAUUUACCAUCAGCAGAUACACACAGGAGAGAAACCCUAUAAGUGCUGCGAGUGCGGGAAAACGUUCGCUCGGAACUCUCAGUUUAUUACACAUCAGAGGAUCCACGCAGGAGAGAAACCUUAUGAAUGCAGUGAAUGCGGGAAAACCUUCACUCGCAGAUCAGGCCUUAAUACACAUCAGAGGAUCCACACAGGAGAGAAACCUUAUGAAUGCAGUGAGUGCGGAAAAACCUUCACUCAGAGAUCAGGCAUUUUUCGCCAUCAGAGGAUCCACACAGGAGAGAAACCUUAUGAAUGCUGUGAGUGCGGGAAAACCUUCAGUCGGAACUCACAUCUUAUUGCACAUCAGAGGAUCCACACAGGGGAGAAACCCUAUAAAUGCUGUGAGUGUGGGAAAACCUUCACUGAGCAUUCAAACCUUAUUCGCCAUCAGAGAAUCCACAAAGGGGAGAAACCCUAUGGAUGCUGUGAAUGCGGGAAAACCUUCACGGAGCGCUCAAGCCUUAUUCGCCAUCAGCAGAUCCACACAGGAGAGAAACCCUAUAAAUGCUGUGAGUGCAGGAAAACAUUUGCUCGGCGCUCACACCUUAUUACACAUCAGAGGAUUCACACAGGGGAGAAACCUUAUGAAUGCAGUGAAUGUGGGAAAACCUUCACUCGCAGAUCAGGCCUUAAUACACAUCAGAGGAUCCACACAGGGCAGAAACCUUAUGAAUGCAGUGAGUGCGGGAAAACCUUCACUUGGAGCUCACAGCUUAUUACACAUCACAGGAGUCACACAGGAGAGAAACCCUAUAAAUGCAGUGAGUGCGGGAAAACUUUCACUGAGCGAUCAACCCUUAUUUGCCAUCAGAGGAUCCACACAGGAGAGAAACCCUAUGAAUGCAGUGAGUGUGGGAAAACCUUCACUGAGCGCUCACACCUUAUUCGCCAUCAGAGGAUCCACACAGGGGAGAAACCUUAUGAAUGCUGUGAGUGCGGGAAAACCUUCGCUCGGAGCUCACAGCUUAUUACACAUCAGAGGAGUCACACAGGAGAGAAACCCUAUAAAUGCAGUGAGUGCGGGAAAACCUUCACUGAGCUAUCAACGCUUAUUCGCCAUCAGAGGAGUCACACAGGAGAGAAACCUUAUGAAUGCUGCAAGUGCGGGAAAACCUUCGCUCGGAACUCACAACUUAUUACACAUCAGAGGAUCCACGCAGGAGAGAAACCUUAUGAAUGCAGUGAAUGCGGGAAAACCUUCACUCGCAGAUCAGGCCUUAAUACACAUCAGAGGAUCCACACAGGGGAGAAACCUUAUGAAUGCUGUGAGUGCGGGAAAACCUUCACUGAGCGCUCAUACCUUAUUGGCCAUCAGAGGAGUCACACAGGAGAGAAACCCUAUACAUGCUGUGAGUGUGGGAAAACAUUCACUGGAAGAUCAGGCCGCCUUAUGCAUCAGAGGAUCCACACAGGAGAGAAACCCUAUAAAUGCUGUGAGUGCGGGAAAAUGUUCGCUUGGAACUCUCAGCUUAUUACACAUCAGAGGAUCCACACAGGAGAGAAACCUUAUAAAUGCUGUGAGUGCGGGAAAACCUUCAGUCGGAGCUCACACCUUAUUGCACAUCAGAGGAUCCACACAGGGGAGAAACCCUAUAAAUGCUGUGUGUGUGGGAAAACCUUCACUGAGUGUUCAAAUCUUAUUCGCCAUCAGAAAAUCCACAAAGGCUAGCUAUGAAUGCUGAGUGCAGGAAAACCUUUGCUGGGAGAUCACACCUUAUGCGCCAUCUGAGAAUCCACACAUGAAUGAAACUCUAUGAAUUCUCAAAAAGAACAGGAGUUCUUGUGGCACUUUAGAGACUAACUAAUUUAUUAGAGCAUAAGCUUUCGUGUAUUACAGCCCACUUCUUCGGAUGCAUACAGUGUGGAAUAAAUAUUGAGGAGAUAUAUACACACAUACAGAGAGCAUAAACAGGUGGGAGUUGUCUUACCAACUCUGAGAGGCAAAUUAAGUAAGAGAAAAAAACUUUUGAAGUGAUAAUCAAGCUAGCCCAGUACAGACAGUUUGAUAAGAAGUGUGAGAAUACUUACAAGGGGAGAUAGAUUCAAUGUUUGUAAUGGCUCAGCCAUUCCCAGUCCUUAUUCAAUCCUGAGUUGAUUGUGUCUAGUUUGCAUAUCAAUUCCAGCUCAGCAGUCUCUCGUUGGAGUCUGUUUUUGAAGUUUUUCUGUUGUAAUAUAGCCACCCGCAGGUCUGUCAUUGAAUGGCCAGACAGGUUAAAGUGUUCUCCCACUGGUUUUUGAGUAUUAUGAUUUCUGAUGUCAGAUUUGUGUCCAUUAGUUCUGUGAGGGCGGGAAACCUUUGCUCGGAUCUUAGAUCUUAUUACACAUCAGAGGAGCCACCCUAUGAAUGCUGUGAGUGCGGGAAAUUCUUCCUUCACAGCUCUUCUCUUAUUUAUCACCAGAGAAGCCCAUGGUAUUUUUCAUCAACUCCUGUGUCAUGGAAGUGUGCGUCCCUCCAACAGGAAUGUCCCUCAGUCCCAGGUGGGGGAACCAGGAGUGACCUUUACUAGGUACAUGGAGGUUAAAUCUACCUGGGCUUUGACUCCACUAGGGUUUUCCAUGGAGUUAGCUAGAUUGAGUUAGCAAUCCUGAUAUAAAAACACAACUAUUUUUUCAAGAAAGACAAUAGCCCAUAUAGCGUCCAGGGUAACGUAGCAAAUCUCCUCACCACUAGACACAACCUCCAUCACUUUUCCUCGUCUAACCAAAUUUGGAGCAUCAUGUUUAUACUUUUCCUCCCACUGCAAAGUGAUUGUUAGUCAUCAGGUUCCCCCACUAGGGACAGAUUGGCUUAUUCCCAGUUGUUCCCACGUUGCACUGGGUUCUGCUGAAUAGCAAUUGGGUUUGGUACCAUUUUUCUCAUAAGAACAUAAGAACGGCCGCACUGGGUCAGAUCAAAGGUCCAUCUAGCCCAGUAUCCUGUCUGUCGACAGUGGCCAAUGCCUGGUGCCCCAAAGGGAGUGAACCUAACAGGUAAUGAUCAAGUGAUCUCUUUCCUGCCUUCCAUCACCUCCUUCUGCCAAACAGAGGCUAGGGACACCAUUCCUUACCCAUCCUGGCUAAUAGCCAUUAACGAACUUAACCUCCAUGAAUUUAUCUAGUUCUCUUUUAAACCCUGUUAUAGUCCUAGCCUUCACAAGCUCCUCAGGUAAGGAUUUCCACAGGUUGACUGUGUUCUGUGUGAAGAAGAACUUCCUUUUAUUUGUUUUAAAUCUGCUGCCCAUUAAUUUCAUUUGGUGGCCCCUGGUUCUUAUAUUAUGGGAACAAGAAAAUAACUUUUCGUUAUUCGUUUUCUCCACACCACUCAUGAUUUAAUAUACUUCUAUCAUAUCCCCCCUUAGUCUCCUCUUUUCCAAAUUGAAAAGUCCUAGUCUCUUUAAUCUCUCCUCAUAUGGGAUCCGUUCCAAACCCCUAAUCAUUUUAGUUGCCCUUCUCUGAACCUUUUCUAAUGCCAGUAUAUCUUUUUUGAGAUGAGGAGACCACAUCUGUAUGCAGUAUUCAAAAUGUGGAUGUACAAUGGAUGUAUAUAAGGGCAAUAAGAUAUUCUCCGUCUUAUUCUCUAUCCCUUUUUUAAUGAUUCCUAACAUCCUGUUUGCUUUUUUGACUGCCACUGCACACUGCGUGGACACCUUCAGAGAACUAUCCACGAUGACUCCAAGAAUUCUCCUGAUUAGUUGUAGCUAAAUUAGCCCCCAUCAUAUUGUAUGUAUAGUUGGGGUUAUUUUUUCCAAUGUGCAUUACUUUACAUUUAACCACAUUAAAUUUCAUUUUGUUGCCCAAUCACUUAGUUUUGUGAGAUCUUUUUGAAGUUCUUCACAGUCUGCUUUGGUCUUAACUAUUUUGAGCAAUUUAGUAUCGUCUGCACACUUUGCCACCUCACUGUUUACCCCCUUCUCCAGAUCAUUUAUGAAUAAGUUGAAUAGGAUUGGUCCUAGGACUGACCGUUGGGGAACACCACUAGUUACCCCUCUCCAUUCUGAAAAUUUACCAUUUAUUCUUCCCUUUGUUCCCUGUCUUUUAAGCAGUUCUCAGUCCAUGAAAGGAUCUUCCCUCUUAUCCCAUGACAACUUAAUUUACAUAAGAGCCUUUGGUGAGGGACCUUGUCAAAGGCUUUCUGGAAAUCUAAGUACACUAUGUCCACUGGAUCCCCCUAGUCCACAUGUUUGUUGACCCCUUCAAAGAACUAGUAGAUUAGUACAGGGGUGGCCAACAUGUGGCUCUGGAGCCACAUGCGGCUUUUCAGAAGUUAAUAUGCGGCUCCUUGUAUAGACACUGACUCCAGGGCUGGAGUUACAGGCGCCAACUUCCCAGUGUGCCGGGGGGUGCUCACUGAUCGACCCCUGACUGCCCCCUCUCUACUCCUUCUCUUGAGCCUGCUAUGCCCUCGCUCCUCCCCAUCCGAGCCUCCUGCAUGCCACAAAACAGCUGAUCAGGAGGGAUGCUGGAGGCGCUGACUGGCGGGGCAGCCAGUGGGCAGGAGGCGCUGGGGAGCAGGCGGGAGCUGCUGGCAUUUGCUGUGGCUUUUUGGCAAUGUACAUUGGUAAAUUCUGUCUCCUUCUCAGGCUCAGGUUGGCCACCCCUGGAUUAGUAAGACACGAUUUCCCUUUACAGAAACCAUGUUGACUUUUGCCCAAUAAUUUAUGGCCUUCUACGUGUCUGACAAUUUUAUUCUUUACUAGUGUUUCAAUUAAUUUGCCUGGUACUGACAUUAGACUUACCGAUCUGUAAUUGCCGGGAUCACCUUUAGAGCCCUUUUAAAUAUUGGCAUUACAUUAGCUAUGUCCUCAAUGUAACCAUAUGUGUAAGCUUCUUGCCCUGGUGACAGUGUGCUCAGAGAGAGGAGACAUGCUCCCCCAGAGUCCUGACUGGCUUCAUAUGGAGUAGGUCCAGAGCACUGCCUGGUGACUCUGUGACGGGGGAAAAAGUGGUUUUUUUCAACCUCUGUGACACAUGAAGAAGUGGUGAGUCGGAGGGAUUCCCACAUUCCGAAUUACCCCUGCAGUGUUUCCUCUUUUUGAGCCAUGUAGACUGGCUCCACUUCCUACAGUUCCACCACUGAAUGUGUCCUAUGAUUCAGGGUUCUCAGCCCUCUGUUUGUGGAUCACACUUCUUUUUCUUUGCUCUUAAAACAGUAAUUUAGGACCUGAGAUGAAAGUGUCACAGACCACGAUGGGGAAUUUGAAUGGAUGUCAAAUACAGUAAGAUCAUUUGGAGUUUAAAUCCCAGUUUCCAACUGUUGGCAAAGCCUAUUGCAGGACUUUUCCUACUGAGAUGGGAUUGUUUCCAGAUGGGGAGCUUGGCUGGUUGGUUUGUUGUUGUUUUUUUUUUCUUUCAUCACGACAAUACUAGAACUUUUGUAAAUAAUAUGACUCAAAACUAAUGAGUGAAGGAGAUUUGAAUGGCUCAGAGGAGAAUGCAAUGGGAGAAUCUCUUGUCCUGAUUCUGAGUCGCAUAGCCUAUAAGACUAACCUGCUUGCUUGCAUAGAUAUAUUUGUUCGUAUAAGUAUUUGGUUUAUUGUAAUAGGUUUAUAGAUUUAUAUUAAAGUAAGCUUGACUGUAACGCAAGAGACCUACAGGCCAUAUCCUGUAUGUUAAGCUAAGGAAAGUUAACACAUCUAUAUUAAGACCCUUUACCCAGAAAAGUAAAGUUAACCUAUAUCUUGUUACCUAAAUAAAUAAGUAUUCACGCAUAUGUCUAUAACCUUCUAUCUAGACCAAUAGAUAAUGAAGAAUGGCAUGGGGGAAUUUUUAAUGUGGUACCCACAGACUUAACAGGUACACCACAAGGAAACUUAUAUGUGUCAUCAAUUCGCACAAAACUACUAGCCUAUGGGGUAAGGGUACCCUAACAUUUGUGGGUAAGGAAUAAAAUUUGUCAAUGGAGGAAGGAUUUCCGACACUCCUGCCCUAUAAAAGAGGUGACCCACCUCGCUAGAGGACUUCACUUCACUCCAGUCCGCUCUAUGUUCCUCACACUCACUCACUCUAGUCUAUCUACGAUGGCUACUGCUAGUAGUAGGCUGUACUUGUUCUUCUUAAACUUUAAGUGUCAAGGGCACUAGGCUAAGCUUGGUUUCCCUAAGCUUUUAUUCUUAGUUUUGUUUGUUAGGUUUUAAGUUUAAGUCUCUUUUAAUAGCAGUAAUGCAAUUGUAACUCUGGGUAUUUCACCAUUUACUUACUAUUAUUCAUUUUAAUAAAAAGUCUUUAAGGCCA